CAGAUGACUGUAAAUAUGGCGGGUGUGGAGUGAGACGCAUGCCUGAACUUUACAUUGAGAAUUGAUUUCUGACUCCAUUUAUUCUUUUCACGUGAAAGAAAACCGUCGAACAAAACAUGUCCCGCCACAGGAAUGUACGAGGGUAUAACUACGACGAAGAUUUUGACGAUGACGACAUGUACGGACAGUCGGUGGAGGAUGACUACUGCAUUUCACCUGCUACUGCUGCACAGUUUAUCUACUCGCGUCAAGACUCGAGACAUGCACGGCAGGUGGAACCGCUGGAGGAGGCAGAGUUUGAGGUAGAGGAUGAGAUGCCAACCUCUCCCACCAUCACAAACACUCUUGACCCUCUAGAACAAGGUCGGUUGUAUUCCUGUUUGGAUCAAAUGAGAGCAGUGCUGGGAGACUCCGUUCCAGAUGCCAUGUUAACACAAGCAGCUUUGAAGUACGACUACGAUCCUCAAAGAGCCCUUGACUUCAUUCUGGCCGAAGAGAAUACCAAUACGGACACCCCUCCAGACAGCACCAACCAGAAGCCAGAGCCUACCACCACACCAGUACCACAGAAAGGAGCCUUAUUUGUUUCAUCACUCAAUAGGACUAAGACUGAAAAAAAUACACACUCGACUGGCAAACCCCAGAAACGAGUCCCUGUGCCAUCUUAUAACCUCAGUGAUUUGUUAGCCAUGUCUGAGACGAACAAGAUCAGGACUGUUACUCAAAAUUUUCCCCCUGGUCUGGGGAGCUUGGCUAAUAAUAGUUCGAAAGCAGUUUCAAGUAAGUCUUUGGAAAAGUCAUUUGAGGGACAAUCUUCCAGACAAAAUUCACUGGCCCAACUAAUAGCUCCGCAUGAACAGAAGUGUACUAAUAUCCCACCACUGGUCCCCUACACUGGUAUCUCACUGGAUUACAGUAUUCCUCUGACUGCCAGUCUCACACAAGGCCCUGAAGUUCCUACUGGUUCUUGUUCUAAUCCAACUGCCCCACUAUCUGCAGCUCAGGGCCCAGGCGUCCCACCGUUGUCUUUGUUUUCUCUUGGUUCUGGUGCAAGUUUCUCUACUGGCCUGUCUUUGGGAACUUCUGCCUCUAGUCUGUCUGUAACAUCCAACUCAUCUCUUCUCACCUGCUCGCUUAGUAAUCUGACGUUGCAAGACCCUCGGGUAUCCACCCCUCUUCCUGUCUCAUUGGGAAGUUUGAGCUCUGGCUUGCAAAGCAGCAGGCCACUGGGAAUACCUCCCCACCUAAACUCCGACUCCAAGAGCCGUGGGGUCGAAGCUCAUGGGGGGAGCCCGUCCUUAGCCGAGCUAAUUCAGAAGCAUCAGGGCAGCAGUCCUAAACUGUAUGAUUUUUUGCCAGGACUCCAAAAUACACGCAAUUUGCACACCAACAAUACUCAAAACAAUACAAACCUCAAAACAUGCAAACAUCCUCCUCCUGGCUUUUUAUGGACACCGUCCCUUUUUGACCUGAUAUCCCAGCACCAAGCUAAUGGCCAGCAACUCCCAGCAUACACUGUGUCUCGCAAAACUGGAACUAGUGACAGGGCAACAAAUAGCAAAACUUCUGUUGCUAAGCCCUGCCCACUUAGUUUAAAUCAGAACGUUGACCUUGGCACUCUCAUGUCCCAGACAUCUCCAAAUGCUUCUCCAGGUUACCAAGACAACCACUCACCAACCCUCUUGAGUUUUUCCAACAUGUCCGCUAGUCACAAAAAACGUGUAUUUGCAGACCCGUCCGUGUUUGCGUUAGCCAUGUGCAUGCGCGUAAGAAAAGGGAAGAGUUGGCGGAAAAGUGCGAGACAUAAAGCUUUCUUAUAUAGCAAGCAGAUGGAAAGAGUCAAGGAACGAGUGCAGUGUGCACCCCUCCAUCACAUCACUCCGUUUUCUUUCGACACGCCCUCUCCGGAUGACAUAGUCAAAGCAAAACAACGAAGAGCUUUUACUCGGGAAUGAGAAUCAGUGGAUCCCACUUUUUUACGUUUGUAACUAAGUUAUGUUUUAAAGGUUAACACUGCAGAACAUCUUAAGAUCUGAACUAUUUCAAGUCUGAUUGGGGAGUUUCAAGUCUUAGGUUUAUUUUAUGUCCCUCUAUUAUAGCAUUUAACAUUUGAAAACACUGUCGCCACUGGGCAUAAUGCGAAACAAAUGAAACAAGUGUUUAAGUUUGUAUUCUUUAGCAUGUGGGCAGUUAUAAUAAUAUUAGAGAGACAGUUCACCCAAAAAUAACACUUUUGUCAUAUUUACUCACCCUUUGAGUUGUUCCAAAUCUGUAUAAAUGUCUUUGUUCUGAUGAGCACAGAGAAAGAUGUUUAUUCAGAACAAAGAAAUGUAUACAGAUUUAGAACAGCUUGAGGGUGAGUAAAUGAAGACGGAACUUACAUUUUUGGGUGAACAGUUCAUUUAAGAACAUACUGCACUGAGUUUGAUUGUAGACUUCCAUUCAAGCUCUGAAAUUAUUUACACAAUUUUUUUUUUCAUAACAUAACCUUAUAAUAUAAAUAAUGGAUGCUGAAGAGCAGUGAAAAUAUGAAGACGAAGACACUUGAUGGUAACAAAUGACAUAGUUUUGAUGUCACAUGGGCUAAAUGUAUUAAUCAAAAAAUCAAAUGCUCCUGUCUGACUAGUAUUAUUUUUAAGAUUUAUAUCUUACAAAGUUUUAAUUUUGAUGUUUGGUGUACAUAUUUUCAAGAGCGCAACCUUUUUUUUAUAUUUUUGUACUUGAUUUUUGUAGUUUCAUUAUGUUUUGAUAAAUUAGUGUGAAGUAUAGUGAGCAGAAGGAAAACAGUAACGUUUCUGUACAGCUGUUCUGGUGUAUUUUGAAAUAAGGAGCAGCUCUGGUUUACCACACAUACAGAAACGGGAGACAUUUGGGUUGGGGGACACCUGGAGUUUUUCCCUUUGCGUCUUUUGCCACACCCAGACACAACCCCCCCUCCCCCGUGCUGUAAAGGUGCUUUUAAAUAUUAUAAUCCAUGUUUAGUAAACGAUUUUCUACAGUUUUCAUUUCAAUUAUCUGCCUCAUUUUUUAAGUUCUUUUAAAGCACUGAUAUUUGUAACUUGUAUAGAUUCUGAAAUAAAACUUUCUUGUUUAAUUUCUGAGA